AUUCCAUAACAUAAAGUUGAUGGUGUCUCUACCUGGAACUUUCCAUCUCAGGUCGACCAGUACUAGUACUCCAUGGCUAGCUUCUAUAUAUACAUACAGAUCACCGCACGAUAUCUUCAGUUUAAUUUAUGUUGGUAAAGUGAAUAAUAUUCCCACCUUCCACAAUUAAGCUUCUAAAUUUCUAGCCUUGCAUUCAUGGCCGAUCAAAGACACUCUUCAUCUACUAAUUCAUCUUGUUCGGGAGAAGAUGAAAAAAUCAUAACCUCUUCCUCACCUUCUUCCUCGACGCCUCGAUCGAAACAUGGUGUUUUCCUUAGUUUCCAUGGCAAAGACACUCGCAUGAGUUUUACGGAUCAUCUAUAUAUUGAUUUAAAGCGGAAAGGUAUUCUCGUCUUUAGGGAUAACGAAAGACUCAAGCGAGGAAAAUGCAUUUCUCAAGAGCUUUGGCAAGCAAUUCAAGAAUCCCAAUACGCGAUCGUCAUUUUUUCGGCAAAUUAUGCUUCUUCCAAAUGGUGCCUCAUGGAACUUGCUGAGAUUGUUGAAUGGAAGAAAAAGAUGAAUCUUACAAUUAUUCCUAUUUUCUACCAUGUGGAUCCUUCAGACGUAAGAAAUCAAAGAGGGACUUUUGCAGAAGCUUUCACCGCACAUGAAAAAGAUCCCGAAGUAGACAUCAAAGAAAUUGAUACGUGGAGAGAUGCUUGCAGAGAAGUCGGUAAAAUUGCUGGAGAGCACGUACAUGAGGACAGGUACGAGUCAACAAUUAUACAAAAAAUCAGUGGAAUAAUAUUCUACAAUUAUACAAGGCUAAAUAUUCUAAUUCAUGAUUACCAGAAACUUGUUGGAAUAAACUCUAGUGUAGAGGAAAUGAUGAAGAAAUUGCAUAUGGAAUCGAAUGAUGUUCGCUUCUUAGGAAUUCAUGGGAUGGGUGGCGUUGGUAAAACAACACUGGCCGAAAUAAUUUAUUAUAGAGUUUCUUGUCAAUUUGAAGGAAGCAUCUUUAUUUCUUGUAUCAGAGAAGAAUCUAGAACUCGUGGUCUAGCUUCUUUACAAAAACAACUUCUUUCUAUGAUCAUGCAAGAAGAAUUACAUAUAUGGGAUCAUCACCAGGGAAUCAUGGUGAUAAGGACCAGGUUGCAGAAUAAAAAGGUUCUUAUCGUCCUUGAUGAUGUGGAUAGUGAAAAGCAACUGAUGGCAUUAGCAGCAAAUUGGAAAUGGUUUGGUCCAGGGAGUAGGGUGAUUAUAACAUGUAGAGAUAGUCAUUUGUUGAUAACACAUGGAGUGAAUGAUGUCUAUAAGGUUGAGCUACUUCAAACCACUGAUGCUUUGCGGCUCUUUAGUUUGUCAGCCUUCAAGCAAACCCAUCCUCUAGAGAAUUACAAUGAAUUAUCUAUGGAUUUUGUGAAUUAUGCUCAAGGCCUUCCUUUAGCUCUUAAAGUUCUAGGUUCCUUCUUGUUGGGGAGAACAAUAGAUGCAUGGAAAAGUGCUAGGGAUCAACUAGAAGCAACUCCUAAUAAAGAACUUAUGAAUAUACUUCAAAUAAGUUUUGAUGGGCUAGAGGAAUCGCAACAAAAAUUGUUCUUGGAUGUGGCAUGUUUUUCUCAAGGAAGGUGGCCGCUAGAUGACAAUUUAACGGAAAUAUAUCCGAACAUCGACAUUGAGGUUCUUGUCGACAAGUCCCUCGUAAGCAAAUCAAAAUAUGCUGGGUUGAUCAUGCAUGAUUUGCUAAAAAGAAUGGGUUGGGAAAUAGUUCGCCGUGAAUGUCGUGAAGAACCUGGACGACGUAGUAGAUUGUUUCGUGCAGAGGAUGUCUGUGACGUACUGAAGAAUGAUGCUGGAACUGAUGCAAUUGAAGGCAUUGACCUCGAUUUUUUUGAUCAUGAAGCGAAACAUAGUUUCAAUAUUAAUGCCAAAGCAUUCUCAAAGAUGAGAAAAUUGAGAUUUCUUCAAUUCGGUCAUUUAGGAUUUACAAAAUGGUGUGGAAAUCCUUUAAAAUACAUGCCAAGCGAUAUGUUGCGAGUCUUACACUGGUUAGAAUGUCCUUCGAAAUCCUGGCCGAGCAGUUUCCAACCAAAAAAUCUUACUAUACUAAGCAUGCCUAGCAGCCGCUUCAAACGACUGUGGAAGGGAUUGAUGGUUUUAGACAAUUUGAAGUACUUAUAUCUGAGUGGUUCUUGGAACUUAAUUGAAACACCAGAUUUGAGUGGAGCCCCAAAACUUGAGAUAAUAGACUUUUCAUAUUGUACAAGUUUGUGUAAGGUCCACCCAUCCAUCAAACUACUCAAAGGACUACAAAAAUUAAAAAUGUCUGGCACCCGAAUCAAAAAACUCUGGAAGGGGUUGGCGGUUUUAAACAAUUUGAAGUACUUAAAUCUGAGGAAUUCUAAGAACUUGAUUGAAAUACCAGAUUUGACAGGAACCCCAAAUCUUGAGGAAAUAUACAUUAAAGGUUGCAUAAGCUUGUGUGAGCUCCACCCAUCCAUCAAAGUGCUCAAACGACUAAAACGUUUGAGUUUAAAUCAUUGUGAAUGUCUUACAAGACUUGUGAAUUUCCCGGAUAUUCAGGGAGAUAUGACAUCAUUGAAGAGCUUUUAUUUUAGCAAGCCUCCCAACCUGCUAUCAUCUUUUAUGAGUUUCCCUGGCCUUCGCGAUUUAGAGUUAAGAGAUUGCAAAAAUAUUUCAAUUUUUCCGAGUGUUAUUUGUAGUCUGUCAUCUCUUGAAAUUCUCCGUUUGUAUGGUUGGCCAAGACUAGAGAAAUUUCCAGACCUGAGUAGUCUGGAAUGCUUGACGCGUCUUGAGGCAUACGGAACUGCUAUAACACAAGUACCAUCUGUCAAUCUAAUCCCCAGGAGCAUCCGUUCCUUUAAACUCGAAGGACGGAAGAGGAUGCCACAUAAAUCAAGAGAUUUUCCCAUCUUCAUUAAUGACUGCUCUUUGCCGAAACAAAGCUCAUAUCCCACGAAUCAUGAUAUCGGAUCACAUAUAGAAUAUGAGAUGGAAGAAAUGCUUGAGGUAGAAGCACUGCAAAUUAAUUUUGGCAGCGUAGGCAAAUAUACGUCAGACAUUAUCUUUGCUGAUACAGUGAUGAUAAAUGGGUGGUCGUUGGGAUCUAGAAUCCCGGAGUGGGUCCAAAAUACAAGUAAUGGCUCCUCUGUAAAGAUAGAGUUGGAUGGUAUUAUGAAGGGAAUGGACUGUGCAAUCUUUAUUGUUUGCGAUUAUCAUCAAUUCCAUUCCCCUGAAGGUACUUCAAUUUCUUCGUUAUUCAAGGAACGUACAUAUGUAAAGUUUAAAUUUUGUUUUGAGACUGAUGACGGUUCUCUAGAAGAUUGUUUUUACCAACUUAAUUGGUUUCCACCUUUCACGGAUAUCUGUUUUGUUAGACCAAUUGUAUUUUGGGCAUAUACACGGACUCCGCGGUUUUUCAAACGCUGGAAAUCGAAUAAUUUGGAUAAACAGAGCUUCAUUAAGAUUUCAGUUACAGCAGAAAUAAUUUCUUUCCUCCAUCAAAUUCCAUUAAUGGAAUUAGAAGUGAAAGAAUGCGGGAUGCAUUUGAAAUGUCCGGAUGAUGCUGAUCUUGGUUUGGGAUCAGAUUUAGAUUCUUAUCGUCAAUUUUAUUCAGCAUGGAAAUGUGGCAUGACGAGAAAUGAUGAUUAGAUUCAUCAGGAGUACCCCUUUAAAGCUUAGUCCAUUUGAGUAAUGGCUUGGCAUUGUUUAUUUUGGGAAUACCUGGAACCUCUCGAUUUCAUUGAUGAUGUUGAACUGAUCAUAAAAUCUCAGAUUGAUUAAGGGAAUGCAAACAACCAUCCAAGGAGGUUUUCUUUUUUGUCAUGUUUCUGGUACGUGAUGCUACCUCUGUGCUUCAUCUCAGACUCAGAUCUCUAUAAAACAUGCAAUAUUUUUGUCAUUUAUGCUUCUAUCAAUUUUUAAUUUGAAAAAUAUGAUUAAAUGUUAUGUACAUGGAAGUGAUCAUCAGGGAACCUUCAGUUUCCAAAACGUGCAAGAAUACUUGACAUGGAAGUGCUGCAUGACGAGAAAUGAAGAUUUGAUUCAGCAGGCGUCCUUUGUAAAAGUUACCCUUACUGAGUUUUGAGUAUUGGCUUUGGUAAUUUCUUUGGGAAUAGAAUAUGUUCACCAUUUUGUUUACAAGUUAGGAGUCAACUUUCCAAUUGGUUUGUUGCAACUUGCCUUAUUUAAGCACCACGACUAAUCAGUUAAUUAGGGGAGCCAAAAAAUAUUAUUAUAUAAGAGAUUGUUUCCUUUGAGAGAUCUAGAGUUUCGCAUGCAUAUUAACUAUUUAAUUUUCCUAUUAA